UCAUGGGCGGUCGCGCCGCGGGGUCGCCAGGACAACGUGACCUACGUGGACUUUUACCUCCACCGGCCGUCGGUGGCGGCGGUUUUUGCCGCGUCGUACCUGCUCAUCUUCCUGCUGUGCAUGCUGGGUAACGGUGUGGUUUGUUUCAUGGUGCUGCGGCGCAGGGGCAUGCGGACAGUGACCAACUUGUUCAUCCUCAACCUUGCUGUCAGUGACUUACUGGUGGGCAUCUUCUGCAUGCCCACCACGCUGGUGGACAACAUCAUCACAGGAUGGCCUUUUGGGAACACGGUCUGCAAACUAAGCGGGAUGGUUCAGGGAAUCUCGGUGUCGGCAUCUGUCUUCACACUGGUGGCUAUAGCUGUUGACAGGUUCCGUUGCAUCGUGUAUCCUUUCAAGCAGAAGUUGACCAUUGCCACGUCCAAGCGCAUCAUCGCCGUCAUCUGGGUCCUGGCGGCGUCCAUAUCGUGCCCGUCGGGCGUCAUGCUGCAUGUAGCGCAGGAGCCCAGCGUGCGCAUUGUCCUGCGGCGUCGCCAGGAAAGCCGCCCCUUCUACUGGUGCCGGGAGAACUGGCCCGGUCCAGACAUGCGCAAAGUUUACACCACGGUGCUCUUUGUCAAUAUCUACCUUGCCCCGUUGGCUCUCAUCGUCAUCAUGUAUGCCCGCAUCGGUUUGGUGCUGUUCAGAAGCUCCAAACCGUCUGCGUCCCUCCGAGGCCUCGGGCCUGGGACUGAGGCCCAGCGGGCUGUCUCCAGGAAGAAAAAACGCGUGAUCGCGAUGCUCCUGGUGGUGGCGCUGCUCUUCGUCCUGUCUUGGCUGCCAUUGUGGACUCUGAUGAUGUUGAGCGACUACGCCAGACUGAGCGAGAGCCAGUACCGCGUGGUUAACAUCUAUCUGUACCCGCUGGCUCACUGGCUGGCCUUCUUCAACAGCAGCGUCAACCCCAUCAUUUAUGGCUUCUUCAACGAGAACUUCCGGCGGGGUUUUCGGGCCGCCUUCAAACUUCAGCUGUGCGACGCAGUCACUGAGCACCAGAGGAGCUUUUCCCUUCGUUUGCAGGGAAGCUCUGUUUUGACCAUUCUUUUUUGUCAACGAUGA